AUGGCAGGUACUGCUGAGAGUGUACUGUCUGCAACAGUCUCUUAUAAUUCAAUAAGAAGUAGUAAGAAUUCCAUGAGUCCUGAUACAUUUACGCUUCACGCAACGUGUAUAGUAUGGGAUUGUAUACUGAGGCUAUGGGCAGACGAUGUUUAUCUUCCACAAUUACUUCAUAGGUUUUGGAAAUUGUGCCUUCAAUUGUGUUCGAGAUAUCAACACUGGUGUCGAACGUCUCUGAAACAGGUAUGGUCUGUAGUGACAGUAAAUGAAACGGCUCACAGCCCAGAAGCAGAAAACGCCCAGAGGCUCGAAUUCCUCGUCGGACUUCACACCGACAUCGAGAAACUAUCUACUAAAAUGUCCAAUUUUACCACCGAAGUGAUACCCGAUAAGUUAAUUAUUUUUAGUCCAAGGGCAAUAGAUUUAGUAAACGACUGCUUAAAAGAUACGAUGAAAAACUUUGAGGAUCUCCUGCCUCUGGUGACGCAAGAAAUAAUCUCAGAGCUUCUGAGCCCAGGACUGAUACACCUGCGUCAAAUCAGCGAUAUUCCACGGCUGUUUCGUCGCACCAAUCGUGACGAACCGACAAAACCCUGUCCAUAUGUCAAACGGGCCCUCGACUUUCUUUGCACCUUUCACGCUGACUACCGGUCUGUGGUGCCGAACAACGUUAACAGCUGGCUAGUGCACGCCCUCACAUCGCUUACGCAACAGUACUUGUCUUUGGUAAAGGACGUGCUCAUAUCUGUACAAAAGACAGAGGAAAGUUUGAGGAGGUUGAAGAAAAUCCGGGAUAAGUCUGCUGGCGUCUCAACUUCUGAAAGUCAAGUAAUUAGUGAUGAUGAAAAGAUUCGCAUUCAGCUGCUCAUUGAUGUGAAAAGUUACAUUGAAUUGAUCAAAGACUGGGGCAUUGCUCAAAGUGAUAUUCAGAAUUUGAAUGAACUGUUGGAUGUAGUAGUAACAGCCACUAAAAAUAAAAGAGAGCCUUAA